UUAAAACCUCCAUGCCUUCCUCUCCCGCUGGAGGGAGGCUCUGAGUGAGCACCAUGCAGCUGAAUUUCAGCGGCCUGCAGGCCCUGGUGACAGGGGCAGGGAAAGUGAAAGGGGCUGCAGCCCUGGCCCUCAGCCUUGAGCUACAUGUACUGAGCCAUCUGCUCACCCACUGCACCCCUGCAGGGAUCGGGAGAGACACUGUGAAGGCCCUGCAUGGCCUGGGAGCCAGAGUGUUAGCCGUGAGCCGCACCAACACUGACCUGGUCAGCCUCUCCAAGGAGUGCCCUGGGAUAGAGACCGUGUGUGUGGACCUGGGUGACUGGGAGGCCACGGAGCGGGCGCUGGGCAGCGUGGGCCCUGUGGACCUGCUGGUGAACAACGCUGCCGUGGCGCUGCUGCAGCCCUUCCUGGAGGUCACCAAGGAGGCCUUCGACAGGGCCUUCAACGUGAACUUGCGCUCGGUGGUCCAGGUAUCCCAGAUUGUGGCCCGGGGCAUGAUCCACCGUGGAGUGCCUGGCUCCAUCGUCAAUGUCUCCAGCAUGGUGGCCCAUGUCACCUUCCCCAACUUAUCUGUCUACAGCUCUACCAAGGGUGCAAUGACCAUGCUCACCAAAGCCAUGGCCUCAGAGCUGGGGCCAUACAAGAUUCGGGUAAACUCCGUGGACCCUACGGUGGUGCCGACGGCCAUGAGCCAGAAGAUCCUGACGGACCCCGAGUUAGUCCGGAAGCUGAAGGAGCGGCACCCGCUGCGGAAGUUCGCUGACAUGGAGGACGUGGUCAACAGCAUCCUCUUCCUGCUCAGCGACCGCAGCGCCUCCACCAGCGGCUCGGGCAUCCUCGUGGACGGCGGGUACCUGGCCUCCUAGGGCGCCGGCGCGGGCGAGCCAGCGGGGCUCAGCUCGGUCCACCGGGCCCCGCCCCCGCCCGCCCCGGCCCCGCCCCGGCCCCGGCAGCCCAUCUCCGGUGCAGGCUCCGUGUGUGGCCGCGCUCCGCACCCACAGCCGCGCCGCCGUGAAACUCGCCUCAUCGCCCCCGCCCGCUGUGUCCUCCGUCGCUGGUGGGAUUUGCCUAAAUAAACGGAAGCCAUUGUCCUGGA